AAUGAGUUUGACUUGUAGGCUUCCAUGUCAAUCUUAUGUGGGCUUCCCAUCCUUGAGUCUGUAUACUGUCUGGCGUGUGCUCGUUGGGUGUGGUUGAAAUGCCUUUACACGGCAGGCCGUGAGAGCGAAAACUGGGGUCUAGCCACUGCUGAAGAGUUUGAGCCCAUCCCUCACUAUUGCCGCCUAAUUUUAUCUGUUUAUGAGGAUGAUCUCCGUAACCCAAUGUUUCCACCUCCUGGAGGGUAUGGCAUUGAUCCUGAUUGGGUAGUCUUACGUAAAGACUAUGAGGAAACACUUGGCCGAGUUCCUCCUUACAUUGUCUAUCUUGAUCAUGAUCAUUCUGAUAUAGUCUUGGUAGUUAGGGGACUCAAUAUGGCCAAGGAAAGUGAUUUUCUAGUUAUGCUUGAUAACAAACUUGGGCAGACAAAAUUUGAUGGUGGAUAUGUCCACAAUGGGUUAAUGAAGGCAGCAGAGUGGCUGUUUGAUACAGAGUGUGAGUUUUUGAGGGAAUUGGUAUUGAAAAAUCCGAACUAUACCCUGACAUUUAUUGGACAUUCCCUGGGCUCUGGUGUGGUGGCAUUGCUGACUCUGGUAGCGCUUCAGAACAGGAGCAAAUUGGGAAUUGUUGAGAGGAAAAUGAUUAGAUGUUAUGCCACAGCUCCGGCUAGAUGUAUGUCAUUGAAUUUGGCCGUGAGAUAUGCAGAUGUUAUCAAUUCUAUUGUACUCCAGGACGAUUUCUUACCUCGGACAGCAACUUCUUUAUCGGAUUUAUUCAGAUCACUUUUCUGUUUGCCAUGUGUACUGUGUGUAACGUGCUUGAAGGAUACAUGCACACUGGAAGAAAGGAUGUUCACAGAUCCAAGGAGACUCUAUGCACCUGGUAGGCUCUAUCACAUUGUUGAUCGGAAGCCCUUCAGAAUAGGAAGGUUACCCCCAGUUGUGAGAACAGCAGUGCCUGUCGAUGGGAGGUUUGAGCAUGUAGUUCUUUCGUGCCAUGCUACUACUGACCAUGCAAUUGUCUGGAUUGAGAGAGAAUCACAAAAGGCUCUUAAUAUAAUGAUGGAAAGAGAUCGAAUGAUGGAUGUGCCGGCAAAGCAGAGAAUGGAGAGAAAAGAGUCCCUUGUUCGUGAACACAGCCUGGAGCAUGAGGCAGCACUUCGAAAAGCUGUAGCUUUGGAUGUCCCUCAUGCCUUCUCUACUUCACCAUACGGAACAUUUACAUUGAUUGAAACGGAAGAGGCGGAGAACUCUGGCAAAUCUAGUGGGGGAAGUCCCUCAGCGCCACUAAAGCACAGGAGUGAAAGCUUGGAUGAUUUCGUAGAACGGCUAUUUCAUGUGGAUGAAGCUGGUAACAUCAUGGUCAAAAAAUCAUAACAUAGCCGGGAAAAGUAUUUCUUUGAUUCUUGCGAAGCAUGUCCUCUAUUAAGGCUCAUGCUGUGCUUAAAUCAACUGAGAGGUGAGGCAGUCGACCAAAAUUGAAGUUGUACAUGCCAUCAUCAACAAAUUCAAUUGUACAAAAGUUCAGUGAUUGAUAUAACGUUAAUCAAAAAAGAAAUAUAUAGAAAUUUUUAGGGGCAUUCAGUUCAAUUACGAAAAUCACUGUAUAGGGCAUUGCUGAAAGGAGAUGAGAUGGUAGCAGUGACAAUGCAAAUGACCAAGAUUUUACA